UGCAUGUCGAGAAGCGCCUUUUCUUUGAAUUCUAUUGAGGAACAAGUGACGAGACUCGCUACACAGGGAGGGAACCAAGAAGAAGAUGAACUUAUUGACGUCCCAACGCGCCAGGUGCCUAGAGUGUCGAGGCAACGAGGGAAUUUAAAUAGAUUGAACUCAUCCUGGAACGAAUCUCGAAGUUCCAACCUUGAGGAAAUUUCUGACGGUUUUGGUCUUUCAAAUGUUCCUUCGGUAGUUAGAUAUGCGAGUUUUCCAAGUAACUUGGAGACAGAACGAAGACAGUCAACAGAGAAUCCCAGCUCUGUUUUGGACGAAAUAUUUCGUUGCUUUAUAUGUUUUGGCAGAUUAGAGAAUCCCAGACUUUGUCCUUGCUGUGGAAAGAUGUGCUGUCUCUCUUGCAUUAGACGUUGGCUGGCCCAGCAUAACGAAUGCCCACAUUGCAGAAGUUUGCUUUCUUUCGAACGUCUAGUUUCUUGUCGGUUUGUAGAAGAAAUUGCUGGAGAAUUGGAACGCUUUCAAUUUCGCCCUGGUGUUGAUAGUCGUCGCGAAAUGAUCUGCCAGAAGCACGAGCUAGAGCUCAAAUAUUUUGAUAUCACCUGUAAUCUCUGUAUCUGUGCUGAAUGUGCAAUGUUCACUGAAGAGCACAGAUUGCACAAGUUUGAUAAGUUGGACUCUGUUUAUUCAAAGCGUGCCGAACGAAUUCGGACAGAGAGUGAUGGACUAAAAAGUCGAGCGGAGAACUUGCGAAAGAUUGUAGACAAAUUUGAAAGUGAGAUUCAGAAGCUGAAUAGUGUUCGAGAACAAAGAAUGGAAGAACUAUUCGAUGUGUUUGAACAAUUCAAGACUAGAAUCGACAAACAGAUCAGUGUCAAAAUGACUUCUCUUGUUAAUAAGAAGAAUGCUUUGGAAGAGGAAAUAUAUCUUUUGGAGUCCAUGUACCAAGAAGUGGAGCGACAACUAAACAGAACACCUAAACCGAUACUAAUUUCAAAAGCAGAAGAAUUGGCUGCUGCUCUUAGUGAAGUUCAUAGACGCCCGGUAGAACAAUUUUCUAUUUCAACGGUGGACGACUCAGAUGUCGUUUCAGAGGUGGUUCCUCCAUUUAUGAAGGGAAUUCUAAAAAUUGAGAACUAUGCCAAUAUCGUACAUUCAAAGUCUGCGGAAGUUAUUCUCUCUCAACCACUAACAAUGAAUGGUCUUGUUUGGAGGUUAAAGGUUUAUCCACUCGGUAAUGGUGAUGCAAGGGGUAUGAAUCAUGAUGAGUUUCAUUUUUGUUGAAUUGAAUAAUAUGAAAACAGGAACCUUCCUAUCCGUUUUUCUUGAACUUGUAAGUGGUCCUAUAGAACCUGCUAAAUACGAUUACAAGGUGGAGCUUGUAAAGCCUUCCAGUACUGGAGAAUCUCUUGUCACACCACCUUCAUCAGUAUGUCGUGUAUUUACGUCCAUCUUUGAAGAAGGUGAAUGCUGGGGUUAUAACCGAUUUUGUAAAAUAGAAACCGUUUUGCAAGGAUUUCUCGACGAACAAGGAGGAAUAACGUUUGAAUUCUUUGUCCGCCCACCUACCUAUUACCAACUAUGUGCUGAGCAACAACGAUAUAUCAGGAAGCUUGAGGAAAGUUUGCAUACUAAGCAAUCAGAAUCAGCAGCUUUUUGCGCACCUCUACUUGAGAAAGAUAUGACUACAGCUGGACAACUUGAAACCUCGUCAGAACAGCCCGUUACCGAUAACACAGUUGACGAAUAAAAUGUUAGCAUUAUGA